AUGAAGAUAUUUUUCCACUACCGGACAUUCAAAUUCAUCUGGUUCGCCAAGUCGUCUGUCCGGUACUUCCACAGAGAUCACCAGCUUUGGGUGCCUCUUGCCCUUUCUGACUUUGAAGCCAUAAAUCGCUGUGACAAGUCGUUGCCUAAGAACUUUAACUUUGCUAGUGAUGUGCUGGAUCAGUGGUCCCAAAAGGAGAAGACAGGGGAGAGACCUGCCAACCCAGCCCUGUGGUGGGUAAAUAGCCAAGGGUCUGAGGUGAAAUGGAACUUCAGAGACCUGAGCUACUUGUCCAGAAAGGCCGCCAAUGUGCUCACCAAACCCUGUAACCUUCAGAGAGGAGACCGAGUGGCCGUAAUUCUACCCAGAAUCCCUGAAUGGUGGCUCAUCAAUGUGGCUUGCAUGCGAACAGGGCUUGUCUUCAUGCCAGGAACAACCCAGCUGAUGGCAAAAGACAUCCUCUACCGGUUACAAGCAUCUGAGGCCAAGUGUAUUGUGGCCAGUGAGGAAGUGGCUCCAGCAGUGGAGUCCAUCGUGUCAGAGUGUCCCAAACUGAAGACCAAACUGCUGGUGUCUCCACACAGCCGGCAUGGGUGGCUCAGCUUCCAGGAGCUAUUUCAAUCUGCUUCUGAAGAACACAGUUGUGUGCAGACAGAAAGUCAAGAACCAAUGGCCAUUUAUUUCACCAGUGGAACCACAGGCUCCCCUAAGAUGGCUCAGCACUCUCAGAGCAGCCUUGGCAUUGGGUAUGCCCUUUGUGGAAGAUACUGGCUGGACUUGACAUCUUCAGAUAUCAUAUGGAACAUGUCUGACACAGGCUGGAUCAAGGCUGCCAUUGGUAGUGUGUUUUCUUCCUGGCUUCAGGGAGCCUGUGUUUUUGUGCAUCAGAUGGCCCAGUUUGACACUAACACCUUCCUGGAUACACUUACCACUUAUCCCAUCACGACCCUGUGCAGUGCUCCCACCGUGUACCGGAUGCUCGUGCAAAAAGACCUUAAGAGAUAUAAAUUCAAGAAGCUGCGGCACUGCGUGACCGGUGGAGAGCCACUCAACGCUGAGGUGCUAGAACAGUGGAAGAUGCAAACUGGGCUGGAUUUGUAUGAAGGCUAUGGACAGACAGAAGUGGGAAUAAUUUGUGCCAAUCAGAAAGGACAGGAAAUUAAACCAGGCUCCAUGGGGAAAGGAGUAAUACCAUACGAUGUCCAGGUUAUAGAUGAAAAUGGAAAUAUCCUUCCACCUGGCAAAGAAGGAGAAAUUGCUCUCAAACUAAAGUCUACAUGGCCCUUCUGUUUCUUCUCUGAAUAUGUGAACAAUCCAGAGAAAACUGCUGCCACAGUAAGAGGAAAUUUUUAUGUCACUGGAGACAGAGGAGUUAUGGACAGUGAUGGGUAUUUCUGGUUUGUCGGCAGAGCUGAUGAUGUCAUUAUAUCCUCUGGGUACCGUAUUGGGCCAUUUGAAGUGGAGAGUGCACUGAUAGAGCACCCAGCAGUUGUUGAAUCAGCUGUUGUCAGUAGUCCAGAUCCAAUCCGAGGAGAGGUGGUGAAAGCUUUUGUUGUCUUAUCUGCACCCUUCAAAUCAUCCAACCCUGAGAAGCUAAUGCGUGAGCUUCAGGAUCAUGUGAAAAAAUCAACUGCUCCUUACAAAUAUCCAAGAAAGGUGGAAUUUGUUCAAGAACUCCCAAAGACAAUCACUGGGAAAAUCAAACGCAACAUGUUAAGAAAACAAGAAUGGGGACGAGCAUAGCUGCAUAAGAACACAGAGGGAUUGAGUAGUAACACAGCUGCUUUAGUUCUUGCUUCCUGAUAAUUCAGUGACUACGUUCUUAAAAUGUUUUAAGAUUUCUCCUGGUUGAAAAUUCAACUGAG